AUGGCGAUAGCUCAGAGGACAACUGUGGAGAAGAUAGCGACAGCGAUUCGGAAAGUAUGGAUUUGGAUGGUGGUGACAGCUCUGACGUUCCUGAGCAAAAGCGGAAAAGGCCUCAGCGCCGCCGUUGGACAUCUUUGGAUGAACUACGAUUGCGCGCAUGGGUUCAGGAAGCAAAGGAUUGGUCAUGGACUGCGGGCAAGUUGGAGCGAAGCGAACAGGUUUGCUCCAUUCUUCUAG